CAGUGUGAGAGAAGGCUGGGAGUGGCAUAGUGAGGGAGGCCCCUUCGGUCCCAUUGAUAACGCAUUCAUUCGCAGGGAAUCAGCUAAAACAGACUCAUGUCUUAUGCAAUCACUCCCUCUACCCUCAUAAGGCUCCGCCACCUCUCCAAGAACUCGGAAAGCUCUUCUGAGGGGCCCCUCACGGCCUGCUUCUGCCCACUGGCGAAAUAAACCAGAUUCCGGAAAGUCUGGCUCGGGGAGUUCACAGGUGUCUGUGCCGAGCAGUGGGAGGCUCGGUCGGUAGCUCUCUGCUUGCGCCCGCAGAUUAGGGAUGGACCUCGCCUCGACCUGCGUCCACUAGAAGCACUCAGGGACCCCAGAGGAGUGGAGCGCCGACACUGCGGGCCAUGAGUCCUCCGGGGCUGCGAGCGUCACUCUCGCUUCUGCUGCUGUUGGGCGGCUGCCUGCUCUUGGCUGCCGCAGGGAACAAGGACGCGGCUCCGGGCCCCGGGAGCGGCUCCUCGGGGCGAUUCGUGAGUCCGGAGCAGCACGCGUGCAGCUGGCAGCUCCGGCUGCCCGCCCCGGGGGCCGCAGCGGGCGGCGAAGUGGGGCUGCGCUGCCGGGGUCCGGACGGGGCGCGCCAAGAGUGCGCCUUCCGCGGGGAGCCCGAGCGCUGCGCCGCCUACGGGCCCCGCCGCGCGCACUACUGGAAGCAGGUGCUAGGCGCGCUGCGCAGGCGGCGGCGGCCUUGCCUCGACCCCGCGCCGCUCCGGGCGCGCCUGUGCGCCGGCAAGAAGGGCCGCGGCGCCGAGCUGAGUCUCGUGCCCCACGCGGCCCCGUCCCAGCGCCCCGCCGCCCACGAUUUUUCUGGGGCGCUCAGGGUUAGGGCCAGGAGCCCGGGGCGGUCCCUGAGCUCGCGGCCCAAAGAGAAGACCUCUGAGAAAAAGACCAAAGGGGGCAAGAGGAAGACGGCCUCGGACCCGGGGGAGGAGAGACCCGUGAGGACCGGGCCCAAUCCCGACGGGCUGGACGAGAACGACAACGCGGAGCUGACGGAAACCUACUGCGACGAGAAGUGGCACUCCGUCUGCAACUUCUUCCUCAAUUUCUGGAACGGUUGAGGGGCUGCUGUCUGGGUAGGGAUGGAGCGGGGAAGCUAAAGGUAUCUUAGACCGAGGGCCACCUGCACAGGGCAGGGAGGAGUCUAGAUUCUAGAAUGGGCGGGGGUGUGGGGUGUGGGGUGGUUAUCUCUGAGGCAGAAGUUAAAUUUUUUGAAGCAUCUCUAAGAGCAGAAGAAAUAGUAGGAACAAAAAUAGGCUUACACUAAAUUUGCAGAAACUAGAUUGGUACAGAGGCUGAGAAGAAGAGGGAAGUAGAGUGUCUAAAGCAAUGGGAAUCUCGUGGGAAGCGGGAUACAGUGUAUAUUAACACAUUAUAUUAAAAUGUAAUCGUGAGUAUUAGAUAACCUGAGCCAGGUUGAAUUGUUCAAUGUCUUACUUAUUCUGCUGACAUGAUGACAGAGCCACCCCCUUCUGAAAUGGUAUGAACUUCAGGGUGGCUUGGUGUCACAGAUGACUUCUGUGGGAACACAAUUUUCUAUGACCUCAUGGGUCAAAACUGUCUUCAAGAAAAGAUUUUCAGGUGCCGGGGAUUUAGCUCAGUGGUUUUGCCGCCUGCUGCGCGAGCGCAAGGACCCGAGUUCCAUCCCCGGUACCAAAAAAAAAAAGAAAAGAUUUUCAGGAGGCUUGCCUUUCAAUUCUGUUUUUUAAAAAACAGAGCGAUGCCUAAUCUUCGGAACCUCCCAUUAACCAUGCAAGUUCAGAAGUGAAUUGUACAAGUUGGGUACUCUACUAGGUCUUUUUUAAUUUUUUGUAAACAAACAAGUCUCUAUAUUUAACCAUCCUUUUAAAAACGACUAAAAUAUGUGUAUCAGUCAUUUUGACCAUUAUCUUUUUAACAUAAUUAAUGUAUCUCACUUUUAAUGUGGUGUGAUGACCAACCUUCACUUGUUAAGUGCUCAAUAAAAACUAUGGCUAGAUUUAAAGAACUGGCAAGGCAAUGGAAA